AUGGCUUCCUCGAGAUACGAACGAGAAGAAGGGUCACCGUUGCUGGACAUCGGGCCGCCACCUAGAUCCUCUCCAAACCGGAUCUUGACCUUCUUCCGCCGGACUCGUUCCCCCCUAGUAAUGGUGGCCCUGCUGUUUGUAAUAAUUUUUAUUAUGGCUUUCGGGGGCAUUCUCAUGGGACUUGGGGGUCUGCGGCUCUUCGAGGAUAUCGCCUGCCAUUACUACUUCAACGAUAUCGAGGGGGAGGGCCAUAUUGGUUUUGAUGAGCCUAUUGAUGAGAAGAUAUGCAAAGCGGAUGGGGUGCAGAACCAAUUGAAUAUACUGUUUGGCGUGUUGCAGCUUUUAACACCUAUACCGGGGUUACUAACAACGAUUCCCUAUGGGCUACUUGCUGAUCGGGUUGGGCGAAAACCUGUGUUCCUGCUUUCAAUGGCUGGUUUGAUCUUAGCUGGGAUCUUCAAUAUAACAGUGAUUUUGUUCUGGAAAGUAAUACCUUUGCGAUGGAUAUGGCUCUCGCCUGUGUUCAUGUUCAUUGGGGGUGGCGAAGCAGUGGCCUCUAUGACGUUUUAUACUAUCGGAUGUGAUAUCACCACGGAGGCAACUAGAGCGAAUUUCUUCCUCGUUGGGGCAGCUGCAGGCCUUAUGGCAGAACUCUUUGGCCCUACCGUCGCCGGCGCCAUUAUGAUGAAAUCACCCUGGGUCGCACUGAUCCUGGGAUUUAUUCUCGUAGUUAUGGGGGCCGGUUUUGUCGUUGUGAUCCCCGAGACUCUCCAUCUUCGGGUUUCCGAACCGUCCGGAAUGCUUGUCAAAAUCUCGCCAGCCGAGCGAGAUCUCUCCCCUAGCAGAAAAAUUGAUGAUUCCACAUUCUUUACAAGCCUCAAAUCCCAGUUCCUGGAUAGCUUCAAUCAGGCCCGCAGUGCUACCAUUGUUCUUCGGUCACUACCUGUGUUGCUGCUACUUUUUACGUCCAUCGUCCAGCCCUUUACUCGGCAGUCAGGCGAGCUUUCCGUACGAUAUAUAUCCAAACGCUACUCUUGGGAGAUCCGGGAGGUUGGGUUCCUCCUCUCCAUCCGAGCCUUGGUAAAUAUUGUCCUUCUACUCGCCAUCAUCCCACUCCUUUCAAAAUUCUUGAUGGAUCGAUUGCACUUUACAUCCAAAGGGAAAGAUCUGAUUCUCUCCCGGUUUUCCGUCCUCAUGCUUGCAGCCGGAGCUACUGUGGUAGGCAUCAGUCCCACGAUCGGACUUGGGGUCGUUGGCAUGAUAAUAUUGACCUUGGGAACCGGGUUCGCGUCCUUAACACGGUCCCUUAUAACGACUCUGGUCGACAAGCAACAUACCGGGCGUUUAUAUGCCGCUAUCUCCGUUGUGGAGACCUUGGGGGCUCUGAUUGCUGGCCCCAUGAUCAAUUGGCUCUACACGAUUGGUAUAAAUAAGGGCGGUGGCUGGAUUGGCCUACCGUACGUUUGUUUAGCUGUUAUUACCCUCGUUGCUGGGAGUGGAGUGUGGAUUUUUGGUUACCUGGAAACGAAAGGCUGGGGUGACUACCAGCCAGUGCCUGUUGGAGAUGGGUAUCUAGAUGAUUUGGAGAAUCUAGAUGCAGUAUCGGAAAAUACUGUACCAUUGCGAACUGAUCAGAGCGACGAAGAAUUAUAG